UUAUGUUUAGUGGCAGUAAUAUCUCUAGUGAUUGUUUUGCAUUGUCACAAUGCCUCCAAGUGAAACUAACCCACCCUUCUCAAGUUUGGGAAUUAUCCCUCCAGCAAGAAGAAGAGGAAUCACUCAAAAUGGGGAUAUUUGGUUGGAAGAUCGACAGGCUUUAAGUGGAGCAGAAGGUUUAUGGAGAAUACAUGACAAACUAUAUGAUUUAAGUAGUUUCAUUGAUAACCAUCCUGGAGGUCCAGAAUGGCUUCAAUUAUCUAAGGGAACUGAUAUAACAGAAGCUUUUGAAACACACCAUUUAAGCAAUGGACCUGAAAAAAUGUUGGUAAAAUUCUUUGUAAAAGAGGCAAAAACCAAAAGAAAUUCACCCUAUACAUUUAAAAACGAUGGUUUUUAUAAAACACUAAAGCAAGAAGUGAUUAAAAAAAUUAAAUAUAUCCCCAAACAAUCGUCAAAUACAACAAACUUUUUGAUAGACUCACUUCUAGUUGGAAUGUUUAUAUUUUCAAUAUUGGCCUGUACUUACUGGAAUUUCUAUAUUGGGGCAUUAGCAGGAAGUUUUAUGGCAAUGACCUCUAUUGCUGCACAUAAUUAUUUUCACAGAAAGGAUAACUUUAGAAUGUUCUACUUUCACUUUUCUUUAAUGCAAGUCAGGGAAUGGAGAAUAAGUCACGUCUUAAGUCAUCAUCUUUACACAAAUACAGUGGAUGAUUUGGAAAUAUCAAGUUGGGAACCGUUUAUUCAAUAUUUACCAAUCGAAAAAAAGCCCCUCGUUCGUUAUGGCAGUUAUAUUUAUGCACCUCUUCUUUGGAUUACAUCAUUUCAUUUAUCUUUUAUUAGAAGAAUUUUGGAAAUAAAAAAGGGCAAUAUGAGACAUGCGCAACCAACAGAAUGGUUGGGAUUUUUAUUACCUUUGGUAAUGUUUUUAAUUAGUGGUCAAUCUUUAUGGUGGUCCUUUAUUAUGUGGAACUACAUUUUAUUAUGUGGAAGCACCCAUUUCUUUUUAGUUGGACUGCAUGCUGCUCACCAUCAUCCAGAUAUAUUUCAUGAUGGAGAUGAACCUAGGAGCAAAGAUGAUUUAGAUUGGGGAUUAAGUCAACUAGAUACAGUUAUGGAUCGCAAAGAAAUAAAUGGUUCGCAUUUUCUUGUAUUAACAAAUUUUGGAGAUCACGCCUUACAUCAUUUAUUUCCCACAUUGGAUCACGGAACUUUGGAACAUCUAUAUCCAAUUUUCGAAGAUGUUUUAGAACGAUUUAAUGAAAGAACUAGCUUUAGAUGCGUAUCACAAGUUGACACUUUUACAGGAAGUUAUCAACAAAUCUCCAGAAUUUCCCCAAACAAAAAUCCACCAAAUUUAAAAAAAAUCUAAUAUACCUUUUUUAACUUGUUAUUGCAGUUUAUUUAAUUUAAUAUUAAAGUUAAUUUUAAGUAUAAGAUUAACACUUAACAUUUAAUUUUACUAUUACAAAUUUCAGAAGUAUAAAUAAAAUUUGAAUGGACCUUUUCUUUGUUUCUUGUCCUGUACACAAAAUAUAGAGUUUUAUAAUAAAG